ACAGCAGCCCUUCAUUCCAUAUUUCGUUGAGUAGAAUGCUGCAGUUCUUACCACUGAUCUACACGCCCUAAUCGUGACGAUAUCAAUCAUUCUCACAGACGGCUGAACAUAAUUGCGUGGUUGUAUUAGCACAACCCACGACUCUACCAUGCGACCUCCAUCAAUCGAACUCCUCCGCGCUCUACGAGCCGCCACUUCAUCAUUUCCCGUGUCGUCACGAACAGCCGUUGGGCGCCGCCUCGCAUCAUCAUUAUCGCCACUACAGAGCCCGCGCGCAUUCUCGGCUCGAGGCCUGGCGACAAGCUCCCGACAGAAUGCGACCACACCCAAGGGCGCAGUGCGGAAUCGGGCGCCCAAAACCCACGAUCGAGGGCCCAUGUCGAACGAGGAGACGCAGACCGACUUCUCCAAGAUGGACAUCCUGGCCAGUGCCGGGGCUCAGACUCCAGCCACCAAUAUCGACGCUUGUACCGCGGGCGGCUUUCACUUGAACAACGGGACCAUCACCACCGGCGGGCUCGGUCUGUUGUUGCUUGACGGCGAGGCUUUUGUCUGGACACCCUGGCGGACGGGUGAAGGGUCAGGAGCAAGAAAAGGAGGUCAGCAACAAAGUCAUCAGAAAGGAGGAGAAGGAGGUUUCAGGAAUUUUCUGAAUGCAAGAGGCGUUCUAGACAUCCCCACCUCCAGCCUCGGAGUGCUUGAACUGGUACACCCCAAGCCGGAUCUGUUGAUCGUUGGCACCGGCAGGAAAUUGUACAUGCUCAGUCCUUCCACAAGAAAGUACAUCUAUGAGACCCUGGGCAUCCGCGUCGAUGUCAUGGAUACGGCCAAUGCCGCUGCCUCGUACAACUUGCUGGCCACCGAGAGGGGAGUCCAAAUGGUGGCAGCCUUGUUGAUUCCGGACGGCUUUGGGGGGAAAUGAAAUAAGCUCUAUGGAAGAAAGAUUUAGCCGUAAAUGCCAGCCAGCGCCGUGCCGGCCCUGAAUGGUACCAAGUCUAAUAGUCUAACCCUAAUGACUCUACUCUAGAGGCCUCCCUUUACAUAACGCCGAUCUGGGUAUCUCCGGAAAAAAAAACCACGGUCGUCC